AUGCGGUCGCUCUUGAGCCUUGCGCUCUUCCUUUUUGCGGCGCUGGUUUCGGCCGUGAGCACAGCUGGUAGCCGUCUACUCGUGGUUUUUGAUAAACCAGAGGACAAGGACUCCUACACUACCUUUUUCCGCGAUUUGACUGAGCGGGGAUACGACAUUACCUAUGAAUCACCUAAGAGCGAAUCGUUGAGCUUGUUCCAUCAUGGCGAGAGGACUUAUGAUCACCUCGUCUUCCUCCCCACCGGUACUAAGGAAGCUUUGGGCCCCAAUCUCACCCCCAAUUUGAUCGUCAAGUUCAUCAAUGCCGGCGGAAACAUUCUCCUGACAAUGUCCUCUACGCACCCCGUUUCGACCUCACUCUCCUCCUUCCUCAGCGAGGUCGGAAUUGCCAUUCCUGCCGAGCGCACUGGCACAAUUGUCGACCACUUCAACUACGAUGCCGAAUCUGCCGGAAAGACCCACGAUGUCCUCGUUCUCGAUAUCCCACGCAACGUCCGCCUUGGCCUUAAGGACUACUUCGAGAUCCCCGGCUCAUUUGUCUCUGUUCCUCAUGCCAUCGGCCACACUCUUGGCUCCGGUCCUCUUCUCACACCCGUUCUCCGAGCUCCUCCCACUGCCUACAGCUACGACCCCAGGGAGCACGCCGAUACUGUCGACCCCGAUGAUCUGUUCGCAGCUGGCAAGCAGCUCUCGAUUGUCUCUGUCUUCCAGGCUCGUAACUCGGCGCGCGUUACCAUUAUUGGUUCCGCUGAGAUGAUGCAGGACAAGGCCUUUGACACCAAGGUUACCCGAAAGGGCGGCAAGGCUCUGUUCCCUGCCAACCGCGAGUUCGUCACCAAUUUGGCUGGCUGGACCUUCAAGGAACUGGGUGUCCUCCGAGUGAACAAGAUUGAGCACAGCCUCAAGGGUGACAAUGAGACCAACCCUACUCUGUACCGCAUCAAGAACGAUGUUACCUACAAUAUCUCCGUGUCCGAGUAUGCCUGGAACAACUGGCAACCCUUCAAGCUCCCUGAGGGCGACCACCUUCAACUCGAGUUCUCUAUGCUGUCGCCUUUCCACCGCAUCUCACUGAACCCCGUGCACGUCGACGAACACGAGACUGUCUACUCUACCGACUUCGUCCUGCCCGAUCAGCACGGCAUCUUCAACUUCAUGGUCAACUACAAGCGCCCUUUCCUGACUAACGUCGAGGAGAAGAACACUGUCAGUGUCCGCCACAUGGCUCACGACGAGUACCCCAGAAGUUACGUGAUCAACGGUGCUUGGCCCGGUCUGACCAGCAUCACAGCCACCAUUGUUGGAUUCCUGGGAUUCUGCAUUGUGUGGAUGUACAGCCAGCCGGUAAAGACACCUGCUGGAGCCAAGAAGACGCAAUAG